ACACUCGUGGCGCUGGCCUCGAAUAUUAUAUUGCGCACGUGUUUACAAACAUCAAUUUCCAAAAAGUGACAGUCUUCGUAUGCUCUGCUAGUACUAGUACAGGAAUCCACACGUCCAACGCCCGCAGCUGCCCCGCCGCCGCGGCCCAUGCCCAGCCCGCCCGGUACAUACAUGUAGGUCGCUGUCGCGUCCAUUGAUUGUUAAACUCACGUGUGAUUUGGACGAAAGAGAAUAGGACUAGUUUUACAUUUUCUGCAAACCCCUUCGGCCCUUGUCAUGUCCAACAAAGGUAGCAUAUACGUGGGAAAUCUCCCAAAGACGUUUACUGAGAAUGAUUUCCGUCAGCUUUUUGUCGAGAUGGGACCAAUCGCAUCGGCUGUCUUGAAAGAUGGCAAGCCCAAAGAUGGAACACAAAUGUUCAAAUACGGGUUUGUAAAUUUUGAAGAUAACUCUUCUGUUGAGAUGGCUAUAAACACUUGCCAAGGUAAAGUGGUGCAAGGAAGAGUCCUCACUGUACGGAGAUCAGAGAAGAAUAGAAAAGCUUUACUUGCAACUCCUGGACGUCCAGAUCCAAAUUGGAAGGAAGGGUCCCAUCAGUACAACAAAGGACCAGAUGAGGUUAAGAAGCUCCAAGGAUAUGAGGAGAAGGUUAGUAUCACCCAUGUUGUGGAUCCACACACCAUCUAUGUCCAGGCAGUCAACAGGGAAAACCUGGAGAAGUUCUCUAUCAUCAUGUCAAAGCUCCAGGACCACUGCAAUUCUGCACCAAAAGUCCAUGAACUCCACCCUGACAGUAACAAGAUCUACGGAGCAAUCUUUCAGGACGAUGGAGCUUGGUACCGAUGCAGAGUGACAGGACAUACACACAACAUGGCUCAGGUGAUCUACAUAGACUAUGGUAACGGUGCCGAGGUGGAAAUCAACUCGAUGGCAGAGCUCUCGGACGAGCUUGCAAACAUCAGUCCUAUUGCUCAGAAGAUCAAGAUUAUUGGUGUAGCUCCCUCGUUGAAAGACUCCUCAUCAGAUGCGGCUAAGCAGGCUUAUGCAUUCAUCGAGAGCCUGGAGGCCGCAGGUGGAGAGAACCAGAGUUUGAAGAUCAUCAUCGCUGAUGGUGUCACUCCCCAGGAAGAUGGCUCCCUGCCAGUGCAGCUGUUCCAGAACAAUGUCAACGUGGCACAGACUGUAAACAAGAAAUUCGCUCCAGGGUACCAGGAGAAGGUCACCCAUGCAGCCUCCAAGCCGCUCCUCAGCACUCCCCAUUCGAUGCCGGGUGGAGCAGGCGGAGCUGGGAUCCAGCGAAAGAACAUGGAGUUUCAAGGAGGUGGAGACGUGAAUGGUAUUAAUGGGCACAAGCCACACCAUAACCACAGCAAGGAGAUGAGUGACCUGAUGAAGAGGGUGCAGAACUUGGAAAGUGUCUUGGAACAGCUUAAAGAUGAUAAAUUCAUCCUUCAGAGUCAACUCCUGAAUUACAAGAGUGAAGCCGAGAAGAAGAAAGAGGAAGAAUCCAACAAGAUGAAAAAUAUUCUGCGAACCCAUCUUACCCCUUUGACUGAGAGCUUCCAGAGAAUCAAAGAAGCAAGGAUACGUUUCUCAGUUGACCCUGAAGUGAAGAACACUAUCCAGCAGGCCAUCGAUCUUGCAACCAAGAGACUCCAUCCCUUCAUGGAGGGUAGUCCGUCCAAGGAGAAGGGCGACCUCAUCAGUCUUAUCCCGGACUCAGAACCAGUCGGUCUCAAGUUACAGGAACUAGAAAACAUGCAGCAGGUCCUACAGAAUCUGGAGUCCAAGGAUGAAUUGGGGGAUGCGAUGCUGAAGCGAAAUGAUGCCCGACAUGAGGCCUACAAAGCACUCACCAAUUUCAUGGAUGACGUCAAGAAAUUGCCGAUUGCCAAGAGACUCCAAGAUAUUGAGGAUAUGGUAAAUCAGUUGGAAUUGGAGUACAGUUCCUAUCUAGACCCUACCAAAGUGAUGCAGCCAGAUCAUCAUGUAGCAGACAUGGAAUGCUUUGAUGAAUACCAAGCAUGGCUGGAAGAAAGAUGCGCCAAGAUUACUCCUCUACGAGACGUGACCAAUGUACUGAGGGCUAAGUGGUGUGAGUUACUCACUGACAUGAAUAAGUCGUUCCUGUUUGAUGGCAUCAGCUCCCCUUCUUUGGAAUCUUCUGAUAAGCUAAGGGAGGAUUUUGAGGUUGCCAUGGAAAUGGAAUUAACGUUCACUCUCCAUGGUUACACGCCAUCAGUUGAUCUUGCUGACAGCACAGCAUUGAAGACUAAACAGGAGCAAGAUGUGAGAGAGGUGGAGGUGAUCUCCUCCACGGUGCACGCCUUGGUGAAGGCACUCGUCAAGGAGAAACAGACGCUGGCCAGUCUGGCCCAGGUGUGUGAGAACUUUGCUUCGAUGUCCAGUCAGCUGAAUCCGUGGUUGAACAACAAGCCCGACGUAUCCGGUCUGCAGAGCCUCAUGAAGGAGGUUAAAGCACUCCGGUCGAGACUGAGGCACAAACUCGCUGAUAAGAGAGACUUGGAAGAGGAUACAGAGCAGUAUGAGGCGAGUCAAAUGGAAGAACUCAAGGUUGAGAUCAACACUAUUCAGGAGAAGCUUUGGACAUUGUAUCAGAAAGAAGAUUCAUUACUGAGGGAAUUAUCUGAGCUGACUGCGAAUCAUUUCCCUGAACUACCAUAUCUCUACCCUGCUCUUGGUAUCACCAAAUUCUUGGAUACCAACGGGCUAGUCAAGGAUGGUCGUGACCUCACACACCUUGAGCUUACACCAGUGCCCGGCUGUAAGAAGACGACUGUCAAGCUUGCUAAGGUCAAUGGAAAACCUGUCAGCAUCAUCAAGGUAAUUCAUCUACCCGAUAAGCAUACUCUGGAUAAGAUGAUAGCCUACUCGGUGAUCGACAUCCCGUCUUGUAUGAGACUCCAUGCAGUGUAUCCUGAGAAAGACGGUUCUCAGCUCUCACUUCAGUUACCGUACAUGGGACUAGGGAACAUCGAGACUGCCGUCAAAGAAGACGGGCUGCUUAGUAAGAUGGCUGUCAUCAGUGUCUGCAGGGAUAUUUUAAUGGCCCUCGAGGGGCUUCACAGACUAGGUCUGGUUCAUGGAGGUAUACACCCGAGGAAUGUUCUCUUAGAACAAAGGGUAGACAGCAAGGAGGAAGAGCCUCAAAUCACUGCACACCUUGCUGAGUUCGACUUCACCAGAACCACUAGUGAGACGGCUUUGAAGGGCUUCACCACCGAGACUGGGAUAUGCUUCACAGCACCGGAGGUCAACUGCGGCCUUCAAGCAACAUCACAGGCCGACAUCUUCGCUUGCGGUCUCCUCCUCCUCUGGGCGCUCUACCCGACCAGAGUCUUCAAAGUCGAAGCAGACGGCACACCCGACCUGCACGGCUGCGACCUUCCAGCCUCCCUGACGGAGAUUCUGGAUGCCAUGCUGAACUACAGCCCCUCCAAGCGGCCCUCCGCCACCCGCGUCAUGGAGUCCUCGUUCUUCGCCAGCCCUCCCGACUUUGCCGAGAAGCCGUCGGCGACGAUGACGAUAGUGGUCAAUGAGGGCAACUCUACCCUCGAGGAGAGUUCGCUGAGUGAUAUCCCAGAGGGUGAGGACAACCAGAGAGACAUCAGUACCACGGUUGAUCCUCAGACGGAACAAUCACAGCAGACAUCAUCGCCUGGAGGUACUAAGAGAUCGAUGAAGACGCCACCAGUUUCUCCCCUCAAGAAAGCCAUGACUGAGAAGCAAUCUCCUGGACAGAUGCUCCAGGACUCCCCUCCAAAGGUCCAGGAUGAUGUCGUCAGCGGCCAAGGAGAAGAGACGGCAACAGAGAAAAUAGAAUCCGUGGUCCAGGAAUUCAGCCAGGUCACCUUGGUAACAGAUCACAAGGUUAACACAGAAGACACUGGAGAGGCUUCAGACUGUGAUAGUGAGCCCCCUCCUUUGGAAGAUGAUGAGGUCGUCGUACCAACCCUAGUAGAAGGCUCCCGACACUCAAAAGAAUCGGCAGAAGCAGGCAGUACUGAUGCUGAUGAUAAUAGCUCCCCAGUCUGAGGGAGGGAUGAUGCGUCAUUCAAUCACAGCUUUUUAACUCUGUGCAGACAAAUCAUGGCAGUAUUAUGAUUUUUGUUUUGUAACACUAUAUCGUCCUUUUUGAAGAGAUACGGUCUUAUUUUCAAUAGUUCUCCUAUGUCUUGUUCAAGAAAGAAUAGUCAUGUUCUACAGAGUCGAGGAAGAGCUCAUGGGCUGUUUUCUCUCUUAUUUUGUUAUCAUGAAAAGACGUUUUCUUUAUUUCUAACAUUCGCAGAGUGCAUUUAAAUCAAAUAUUAUAUCAUUAAAAAUGUUAGCUUAAAAUGUAUUAAGUAAUUUGGGUUACAUUAGAUCUAUGUCUCUUGAGAUUAAUUGAUGCUAAUUCUUUUCAUCACAAAACUCAACAUAUAUGCGAAAAGUGCUAAGAAGUCGUAGUAAGUUCACUUUAAUCGCAAGUCUGUGCCUUAGUUAAUUAUGAGCAGCUCAAACUCGAUACGCCUCUGAAAAGUACUUGGAAUUAAUCAGUCUAAGUUAAGUUUUAAUCUCAAGUCUUUGUCUUAGUUAUAAGCAGCUGAUCAGCACAGUAUUUUGUAAGUUUCAAACAGUGUUUUGUAUGUUUCAAAGAGUAUUUUGUAUGUUUCAAACAGUAGUUUGUAUGUUUCAAACAGUAGUUUGUAAGUUUCAAACCUUGCCAA